AUGCCGGAACCAGUUUUGGCCUUGUCCAUCACCACCCCUCAAUCCUGGGCCAAACGGCAUACCGUCAAACACCGCCGUCCUAAACGAAAUGUUCUUCAUCCAAAUCAACUCAAGUUCAAGAUCCAAGGGUCCAAACAGCAGCUCCUCCAAAUGGCGCUAGCCAAACAAUCUCCAAUUCGAAAAUCCCCUACCAAUGGCCUCCAGCUUGAUCCUUUUCAAACUUAUCCCAUUCCAACAACUACAUGUGUCGCCAACAUGGCCCAAUAUUUCAUGCAGGUUUGGGGCCCUCAACAUGGUCGAGCAUUUGCUUUCGAUGGCUAUCCCAACCCGUACCUGAGCCUUCUUUGGCCUUUUGCUCUCCAAUCCGACCUCUACUUUGAAGGCUUGAUUGCUUUAUGUCGAGCUACCUCGUUGGCCAGUCAAGGUCGAUCUGCCCGUGAAGAUAACGCUUUUGCCUUCCAUCGAGGAAAUGUCAUGACCAAACUUCGCGCUCGACUUCAAAACCCACAAGAAUGUGCCGACGACACCACCAUCUUGACCGUCGCUACUUUGGGCACCAUCGAUUAUAUUCUCGGUGAUCAUACUGCUGCCACCGCUCACGUCUCCGGCAUGCGGCAAAUGAUCAAAAUUAGAGGCGUUAUCAAUCCGACCACUCCUUGGGAACGAUUGCUACAAGCCAACGUCGCCGCCUACGAAUCGUUAUGGUCAUUCUUAUUCGCAGCGGACUCUAUGUCCGAUGAUACCCCUCGACAGUCUGGCCAACUGGUGCAAAACGCAGAGUUGCCCAUAUACAUGACCCAUCCUUUCAAACCCGAAGUUUGUGAGAUGCUAUCCAAAUUACCUCAAGGGUUCUGUGACAUCGGUCUCACCGGAGUCCUCUCCCUGCAAAUGAUUCGCCUUUUAUCGGAGUUGACCUCCCUGAUAGCACGAUUCUCAGUGCCAUUCAUGGAAGAACACGUCGAAAUGACUUCCCGGCCGAAAAUGCAAACCACCCUCGAAGAUCUACACCGUCUUUCCACUCUCCAAACGACACAGACAGAACGAUUCCUCUCGCACGGCUUGGUAGCCUUCUGCUACCUGCUCCGAUUCAUCCACUUCCAGGAUAAACUGACCGGCUUCUAUGAAACAGCUUUAAAGGCUUUGACCACCGUUGCUCUGCGUCAAACUCCAACACAUAGGGCCCCUGAUCGAAGAUGCCAUCUGUGGGCCAAUAUGAUGAUUGCCACUGCUCUACAGAAUGGCCAGCAUCCGCCGCCAGCGUGGAAAUCCGUCAUGCAACAGUUUUUGGAUAAAUACUAUGAAGCUCGCCAAUGGAAGAAACUGGAGAAAGAAUUGAAAACAUUUUUUUGGGGUGAGAAGGUCUCGGAGCUUUGCAAGGAGGCUUAUGAUGAAGCGGUAAAAAGAAAUGAGAAGCCCGAGGCAACUGAAGAGAGACCUUCUCACCAUUCCACCAUGGCUAUUCGAAACGUGAUUCUUUAG